AUGAUGAACCUUUCUCCCGAACUGGGCGAGCAAGACUCGCCUCGUUCUCUCCCUCCUGUCUUGCUCUACCGCCCCGGAAAGGAAGCAGUCCCUCACGACGCCGAGGUCGUCCGGCCACACCCUCCUUUGUAUGCAGGAGACUUCAACAACCGCAAGUUGAAAGAUGCCUACUACUGGGAGGGCCUCGAUCGUAACAACCGUGAGGACGAGAAAUUACGACUGGGUCUCCACUACGGCGAAGAGCGCAACCCUCGGUGCGACUUGUGCGAGAAAGAGGACAGGGCUUGCAUGUCCUUGCUCGGCAAGAAGUACAAGACCACUGGCUGUGCUUUCUGUAUCCGCAGGCACUUUCAGUGCUCUCAAGCCAACGGCGUCCAGAAGACUGCCACCGUUGUUCGAAAAGAUAAGGAUCCUCCAUUCCGACCAAGCGGCCACGCACACAAACGCGCUUUCAACAAGGUGGACAACAGGGAAGGCACCGAGCCUCCUGCAAAGCGUACCAGAGCGUCCAUGAAUGGGAAGGCAUUCGAUUUCCACGAACUGCCCGCUUGUGAAGACAAUGGCGAUGAGUACCACACGCCUCUGGAAUCUAGGAGAGGAUCAGUCUACGCGCUGGCAUUCGACAACCAGGGCGGUGAGGACAGCUACAAGGGUUCUCUGGAUCCGAACCAAGCUGAGGGCGAUCAGUCCUUGGCCGAGGUACCACAGCCAGACGUAGAUGAUACUCUACAUCUCACCCAUCCAAACAGGAGCGAUACUAGAGGCAAUCAGCCUAUGAGCUCGGAAGCGCCAACCAACAACCAAUCAUCGUCGAUCGGACACACUCAAGGCGGCAGCAGCAGCUUCGAGGACCUGAGCAGAUACUUCUCUAAUCACGACAAACUUGUGCGUAAUCUCCAGUCCGCCAAUGGAACCCUUACCGAGCGCGUCGGCCAACUGGAAAGCUCGCACAACUGCUGGCAAGAUGUGCAAUCCAGAGUAGUGGCCUUGGAGUCCAUGCCGGUUGCAAGACAAGAGACGCAGCAGGAACCAUAUGUUGUCACUCUGAAAGCACUUGAUUCACGCGUACUGAAGCUCGAAAAAGAGAAGGCCGGGCUCAGUGAUGGCAGCCUGGAAGAAGGAAUCAAACGUCUGGAAUCCAUAAUGGAGAAAGAGAGACGUGAGCGUCGCGCUCUCGCGAACAAGCUCGAAGGGAAGAACAAGAGUCUGACACACGACGUUGCAGUACUGCAAAGCGAAAAUGAGGGACUGAGGGAGAGGCUCAACAGCCUAACCAAGAAACUGAAGAGCCUUGACGAGAGCAGAGCUUCCAGAAGUAGCCUUUCCAUGCGCUGA